AUGACUUCUCCGCUCCUCGUCUCCGUGUUGGUUCUUCGCUCAUUAAUUGCAACUACGAAGACACCUGUGAGGAGCACAAUAAAACCAUCGGUAACACAAAAUGAUUCGAGAACUCCAACAGUCCAUGCAUCAUCGCCAAAAGGUUUAGUUCCAGACGUCGGAAAGCCUUUAUUAUCUAAACCACCAUCAACAUGGGUGGACGUUCGCUUGGUGAACAAAAGAGGGUUUUAUUUGAUCAUGUUUGAAAACGGAACAAUAGCUGGCAGCUGGAAGAGGUUUUUAACAACGAGAUAUGGGCUUUUUCGCAUUCAGUCUCACGGGACGGGCAUUGUAAAGUUGAAAAGUUUGACAACAAUGAAAUACAUCGCGAUCGGCAAUCUUGGGCAAAUUUAUUCCACGGCCAACUCGUCCAAUGAAGACACUUUAUUGAAGCACGCUCAGGAAGAGAAUCACUUCUACUCUUUUAGCUCCUACCUGUAUCCCACCACUCAAAACCACUCGAACAGGAAAUGGCUGCUAGCGAUUGGAUCGAAAGGACGAAUAAGAAACGCUUCAAGGGUGUCACCACUACACAAAUCACAUCAGUUCCAGAUUAGUAACAUACGAGAAAACAGCGGGAAAAGCGACGUAAAGGCUUUGGUACAUCUUGUAGAGCAUAGAGGAAAGUGA